AAUUAAAAUUAUAAUAUGCCCCGAUUCAAUUGAGUAACGAUAUAUGUUACAAAUCGAAGCAAAAUCGGAAGGUUUCGGCCCAUUUACCGAAAUUGGUAGCAGACUUGAGAGAAACGAGUCUUUCUUCGUGUGAAACAUAAUGUUUCACCUGGCAUCCUAGAAGACUUGAUUCGGUCCUGACGUCUUCGUGCGAUACUUGUGCUGUAGUGGCUGUAGUGUAAUAACAAUGCUCGACGGGUGAAGAUUUCUUUAAGCCCACGUAUUCGUGAGGUAGGCGUGACGAAGGUUAUGGGAUAAUUGAUACCAUCGCCGUUUCUCACUCACUAUCACUCACGAGGAGCAUGGGAAACUUUGUGGGUGAUAUUGUGAUAUGCGUGCUGCUACUACUUUCAGUCAGCGUGAUAUUUGGAACCAGCGAGGUGAUCAAAUUGUUCACGAACAAUGGAGAGGAUAUUCUCAAGACAUCUACUUAUAGUUGGAUAUUUCGAUUGUGUUUGAAUUUGUUGGGAUACGCCACUGUGCUAUUGCCAGGUUGCCUUAUAUACAAAUAUGUACGCUAUACAAAGUACAUUCAGAGAGGUGGGAAAGGCUGUAUUCCCAGAUUGGUGCAUUCGUGCUUUGUGGGACACUGUGAAACAGGUCUCUUGGAUUCACCGGCUUAUGCUCCUAAUGCUUCCACUCACAUCCAGCGUACUUUUACUCAAGACGCCCUAUUACUGCUGUAUUGUUUUCUUGGACUACAAAUUAGUUAUUUAACAUGGGGCUACUUACAGGAAAAAAUAAUGACGCAGGAAUACGAAGAUGCUUCUGGCAAUAAAGUGCGGUUUCAAGAUUCUCAAUUCCUGGUAUUUGUGAAUCGUAUUCUUGCUUUCCUAAUGUCAGGAUUAUAUUUACUUAUUCAACGUCAGCCGCAACAUAAGACACCAUUGUAUAAGUAUGCGUUUUGUUCUCUAUCAAAUAUCAUGAGCAGUUGGUGUCAAUACGAAGCUCUGAAGUACGUCAGUUUUCCAUCGCAGGUUCUAGCUAAAGCUUCUAAAAUUAUCCCAGUUAUGAUAAUGGGAAAAAUAGUUUCGCAUACAACAUACGAAUAUUACGAGUAUGUUACCGCGAUUCUUAUUUCUAUCGGUAUGACGCUCUUUAUGUUGGACAGUUCUGAUUAUAAAAAUGAUGGGGCUACAACACUCUCCGGUAUUAUUUUACUGGGAGGUUAUUUAUUGUUAGAUAGUUUCACAAGUACCUGGCAAAAUGCACUUUUUAUAGAUUAUGGAGUAACUAGCGUACAAAUGAUGUGUGCAGUUAAUAUGUUCUCCUGUUUGUUGACUGCAAUGUCUCUGUUUCAACAAUCGAGCUUUCCGCUAAUAUUUUCUUUCAUGACAACGUACCCCAGGUUUAUAAUUGACUGCUUGUUGAUUUCAAUUUGCUCAGCAAGCGGCCAAUUGUACAUUUUUUAUACCAUUUCGAAAUUUGGAUCCAUUACAUUUGUUAUUAUGAUGACCAUUCGUCAGGGUCUAGCGAUCUUAUUAUCGUGUUUGAUCUAUCAUCACGAGAUCACCGUGAUUGGAGUGUUUGGUAUACUGUUGGUAUUUGGUUCAGUAUUUUUACGAAUUUAUUGCAACAAUCGAUUACGUGCAAUCAGAAGACGCAGAGCCGCAGCAAACAGUAUAAAACAUUAAAAGUUGUAUUAUUUAGACAGAAUUACAAUUUUAACUUUGUCAUGAAAAUAGAAUUUUAUCAACUGUUUAUUGUAAUUGCCAUAGAUUAGGAUAGAAUUUUAAUGUAGUAAUUAGAUAUUGACUGUAAUUACGGACGCUAAAUUUUAAUUCUUUAUUUCUAUUUAACGUUGUAAUCUCCACAUAUUAUAUAUCGCGAAUAUAUCUCGGGAGUUUUUUGACAGCUUUCAAUCGUAUGGACAUCAAGAAAUAUUGCAUUUAUAAAUUUUGCAGUCUAUAUACGUCGCAUGUGUGACAUAUGGAAAGAUAUGUACUUGAAGAUAUGUGAUCUGAAAGAAACCUGUUGGCAUCCAUUAUAAAAAAGAAAAUGUGUGUUACGCCACAUAUAUAUUACAGCA